GGUGUCCAGGACCUGGUGCCCUAUGGCUACAGUAGCUUCUCUCAAAUAGACCUCAGCCCAUAAAUGGCUUAUGCUUGUGCAACGUGACGAAAGGCUGUGAAGAAAUCUUAUUUUUAUUUUAUAAUUGAAAAGAUUCAUCGAAAUAAAGACCCUCCUCUACAAUAAAGACAUCUAUUCUACUUGUGUCUGUAUGUGAAGGAAGUGUCAUUAAAAACGUAUUUUUCAAUGUGUUAAUCUUAAGACUUAUUCAGUUAUCUUUCCUUGUCAAAGAAACAACAACAACAACAAACAAUUGUCAAACAUGAAUAUAAACAUGCUCCUGGUUCAUCUGGCCGUACUGGUCAGUAUAGUGGACAGUCAAAACUUCGCCAGCGGGUUUCAUUCAUAUUUUAACUUCAUCUGCCCAGCAAACCACAUUAUUGAUAAAAUAUCUAGUGUGUACAGCAGUGGACAUAAAGACAGGAGUUUUGAGAUAGGGUGCCGCUCUGUCAGAUCUACUAUGGAUUGUACGCCAUCUGAUUAUGUCAAUAUCUUUGACAAGCUCCUAAAUUACACAUGUCCAGGAAGUCAAGUUUUGUCCGGUGUUGGAAGUGAAUACAGCAAUGACAAAGCUGACAGAAGGUUCAAGUUCUUCUGCUGUAAGGUCAAGGAUAGCGAGUUCCAAAGAUGUCACGAAACGUUUUUCAUCCACGAUUUUCAACAAGAGAUGAAAUUAAAUGUAAAAGAAGGACAGGCCAUCAAGCAUAUCUACAGCCACCAUUUAGAUCAGUCGAAUGACAGACAAUGGACAUUCACAUUAUGUGAAGACGAACCCCGUCAAGCUAAUUUGAACAAACUGAAGUCGGAAUGUAAUGUGACAGAAAUAGAACAAGGGAGUGAACUGACAUUUCAACAAAAACAUUGUGUUUCUUCACAGUUAGAGAACUUCUCUGACAAGGAUGCUCUGGCAAGCCAUUUAACGGAAACAGUUGCCUAUGUGGCAGACUAUAUGGAGUAUUUUGUGGACAACGGAAUCAAAGUUCCGAAGAAUAUUACCAACACUAUUGUAGACAUUCUCUCUGCAUUUAGAACAAAAACAUCGGACUCUGAUUUCUCUGUAGACAAUACAACAUUUGAUCAACUUGUCACUCUGGCUGACAUUGUGACAUUUAGUAUGCAAGAUAAUAUGACAGACACUCCAGACGAGGAUUAUGACACUAUCAACUCAAUUGUCACAUCAUUGGAAAGUGUGGUCUUCACACUGAGGUCAAAUCAAACCAAUGAUUUCGUCUCCGUCAAGAAAUCAAUAGGUGUGAAAAUAGGAACCAUAAGCCAAGAUGUACAAUUUCCAACAUCCAAUCGUUCUGUCUCAAAUCUGUUUGAUAACUGGAUACGUGAGACUAAGAAUACAAUCGUUUUGUCGAAAGAUUCUUUUGAUGACUUAGCUGAGAUUACAAGUUAUUCAAUCCUAGUGAUCAAACGUCAAGAGUCUAGUGAGCCUCAACUCUCUAGGACCAACACAAGCAGGACAAUCUCAGCCCUAAAAAUUGUGUCGGAUAUCAUAGCAGUGUCUGUGGACGCUGAUCAGGGCAUAACUUUAAAAUCGCCCUUGACUUUGACAUUUGGAGUCUCCAAUUUAACACAGUUGGAGAGCCACGUGACUCCAGCAUGUGUCUAUCUCCACACGUCAGUCAGUGGUCAUGUGACCUGGUCAAGAAAAGGUUGUUUAACGGAGAGCUUUACAGAUGACCAAAUUAUAUGUAAAUGUAAUCACCUGACCUCCUUUGCAGUGUUGAUGGGACCUAAGCAGCUAGCUGAAUAUCAAGCGUUGACUGCACUGACCAUCACUGGCUGCUCUGUGUCCAUACUGUGUCUAAUUAUUACCAUAGUUGUCUACCUUUAUCUCUGGAGGUACGUUAAAAGCGAGCGGUCAGUCUUACUCGUGAAUCUGUGUGUCUGUAUGCUGAUUAGUUACUUGGUCUUCUUGGUCGGCAUUGACAAAACUAAUGAUCAGAACCUCUGCCAGUUUAUCGCUAUAUUUCUUCACUACAGUUUACUUUGUGUUUUCUUCAACUUCUUAAGUCAAGGCCUGGCUCUCUAUAAAUAUAUAUUCAAUAUGUCAGGACAGCCACGCAUGGAAAUAUUGUUAUCUGUGACUUACAUGACUCCUCUGCUAAUCGUUGGAGUCACAGCCCUAGUGAACAAAGCCGAAGGAUAUGGAACGUCUAAUUAUUGCUGGUUGUCUGUAAAUAAAGGUUUCAUUUGGUCAUUCCUUGGUCCAGUCAUAUUGAUCUUGCUUGUCAACUCUGCUGUUCUAAGUGUUAUCAUUAAGACAAUUCAAUCCACACGAGCUAUGUCAGACAAAACACACGCUGAGAGAGCACAGUCAGCAGCUCGCACCAUUAUGGUUCUAACUCCAUUAUUUGGCCUCACCUGGACAUUCGGCCUAUUGUCUCUCCUGACUGAUCUCUUGCCAAUACAAUACCUUUUCGUCAUGUUCAAUACUUUUCAGGGUUUAUUUAUCUGUGUCAUCUAUUGUGUGAAAAAUAAACAGGUAAUUCAAUCUUCUAAGAAAUUCAAGUACUAUAAUGUACACAGACCUCGGACAAAUAUUAUGAAGUGUACCAUAUCACUUAUGUCACCAUGUUCUCUUUUAUAUUUAGUCAUUAUUUAAGAUACAAUUACUGUUCAAUUCUAAACAGAUACUCGAGGCCAUUUUAAACACCAGAAGACAGAGAAUAGCCAGAAAUAUGGAAAAUGACAACAAAAAAGCUUUAACGACUUCUACUUUUUGAAAUGUCCAUUUUUUUGUAUUAAGUUGAAUAGACACAAACAAGAUGAGUAUAGCGCUUUCAAAGUUUUAAAAGUCUCUGCCCUUAACGCAACAAACCUUUUUAGGCAUUCUACACAUAAACAGCCACGCUUUAUAGAUUAAACUUAUGUAUUUGUAGAGUGAAGACGAAUGUAUCGUACAUAUAUACAAACACUAUUGUGAGAUUUUCUGUUCUGCGCAUGCGUGAUCUCUUGUAACCCAAACAUGUCUAUAUGACCAAGCUCCCAUGAAUACUUUCAUUAAGUUGGGCAACUUUUUGUUGUUGAGAGUCUUCCGUUUGUUGUAAGGAUACAUUAUAUUUCCCGUUAGUAUCCAAGGAACAUUUAAGCUAAGGUUUUUCAAGACUGAUCGAAUUGGCAAAUACAUACUAACGUUCAUACAUACAUACAUAACAGGCACAUUCCUCGUUCCAUAUGCUAGGACAAAUUCAUACAAAUACUCCUUCUUCCCUAGUGCUUUAAGAACAUGGAAUGGGUUGCCUGAGCCAGCCAGGAAAACCAAUGACUUGGCAGAAUUUAAGUCAUUGGUUGACAUGCAUGACUAGAUGCAUAAUGCGUAGAACGUAAUUAUCUUUUUUGAAGUAACGUCUGUAUUUUAUAAGAUAAGAUAAGAUACAUAGGCCUACAUACAUAUGCCUUACUUUUUGCUUUAUAUUAUAGAUAUUACAUUAUUCAACGUUGUAUUUUUCUUUAUCCUAUGUGGUCUAUGACCUUUUAUUAUAAAUUCUAUUUAAUUAGUUGUUUUUUUUUUGUUAAUUCAGAUUUCUCCUUAUAUAUAUAUGACUACUAAAUAUAUAUAUAUGACAACUAGAAUGUACAGACAUAAAUGUGAUGAAUCCAAUAGUUCAUGCUAUUAAUGCACAGAUGACUGAUAUAGGUGUAUAGACAUAAAGUAUAUUAUUGUAAUUUAUAGUUAAAUAUGUGUGAAAUGAACUAUGUAUUCAUAGCAUGUAUAUAUUUUAUGGGAAUAAUUUCUACUGACUUCAAAGUUUGAGUAAUUAUUUUAGCAUUUAUAAUUUACUUGAUUCUACAUAAUUUACAAUAAUAAAAAUAUUAAAUAUAUGAAUUCAAUACUUUUGUUAAGAAAAGCAACUUUUCCUCUCUCUCUCUCUCUCUCUCUCUCUCUCUUAUUUUGUUUUUCAAGUUUCUCUCCUCAGUGUCUGACUCACACACACAUACUCUCUCUUUCUCAAUAAUCUCCAACCAAUCCAGUCUGAUUAAAAACAUCAAAACAUAUUCACACGUGUGCACCAUAAUGUGCAUAUGUUUCCUAUCUAUGUACUAUGUUUCUAAAGAACAACUUGUGUCAGGUUCAAAUCUCCUUGAAUAUGCAAGAACGUGACUCUCUGAACAGGAAGGCGGUACUUGAAAUCGAUGAAAUGGCUGUUGUUAAUAUAUAUCUGAAACACACAUAUUUUUUUUUCUAAAAUUAGUCAUAAAUUUUCAUAUAACUUCUUUAUAUAAAUAUUUUAAAAAUAAAUAGAUUGGUAAAUAAA